AUGCCCUUUUCUGUGGGAGAUCUGGACAAGAUCGAGGGCGUGUUCGAGCGGCCGAGCGACGAGGUCAUCCGGGAGCUGUCCCGGGCCCUUCGGCAGGCGCUGGGUGUGUCACUCUUCGGGAUUGACAUCAUCAUCAACAACCAGACCGGGCAGCACGCGGUCAUCGACAUCAACGCCUUCCCAGGCUACGAGGGCGUCACCGAGUUCUUCACAGACCUCCUGAACCAUGUGGCCACAGUCCUGCAGGGCCAGAGCACGGCCACGGCAGCCGCGGGGGACGUGGCCCCCCUGAGGCACAGCAGGCUCCUGGCGGAGCAGGCGGGCAGCCUGGCGGGCGAGCGGACGUGCAGCGCUGGCCCCGGCUGCUGCAGCAGCAUGAUGGGCCCGGACCCCCCCUGGACGUCGGAGGCCGACGCGGGCGGCGUGGGCCCAGGCGGCACCACCAAGCUCCCGCACCAGAGACUCGGCUGCACCGCCGCCGUGUCCCCCAGCUUCCAGCAGCACUGCGUGGCCUCGCUGGCCACGAAGGCCUCCUCCCAGUAGCCAUGGAGCCCGGGACCCAGAGGGCGGCGCGGGCCGCAGAGUGCACCUGCUGGGUCAGCCCCUCCCAGCAGUGACGCUCCCACUAAGAAUUCCCAGCGAUCUGAUUCUUCUUCUUUUUCGUCUUCUUCUUCUUCUCCUUCUUCUUCUUCUUUUUUAAUUUUUAACCUGAUUUUCUGAUGUCAUGAUUGAAAUAAGGGGUGGUGGAGGGGGAGAUGGAAAAGAACCCUAAGUGGUCCAGCCUCGGGGCAGAUGGACAUCCCGCCUGAUACCUGCUGUGCAGAUGUCUUCACUGGGUUUACACUUGCUGUGUCUUCAACACUAGUUCUGAAUGUGAGGUGGUGUGUGUGUGUGUGUGUGUGUGAGUGAGUGUGUGAGUGUGUGUGCACAUCCACGUCUGUUCGUCUCGAUGGCUGCUGUGGAUCAGGCCUCGGUGACCCCAGAGGGGGGCAGGCUUUUGACGGCUGAGCAGAGCGAGUGAGGGGUUCCUUCUCUCUCUUUUCUCCAAGCCCUCUGCACCUAGGCCGGGCCCCCUCGCUGUCACCCUCCGACUGGCCGCUUCCACAGCCUUGUGCGGAACGGGGCCUAAAGCCCCAACCAGGUGUGCAGUUGUCCCUCCCAAGAGCAAGAGCCAGAGGGAGUGAGAGGUGCACCUACUGUUUCCUUGGGGGAUUCCAUGCGGGGGGUCUGGGCUGUGGGCCACCUGUUGCCUGCCCACAAAAGGGAAGAAGGAAGGCCUUGAGUUGGCUUCCCCUUUCCACGUCCAGCUCCCUGGGGUCCACCAGGCCCUUCAGCAUGGGUCCCGUGCAGCCCUGCAGGGGGGCCUCCCUCCCUGACCAGGUGCUGCUCCCCGGGACCCAGGAGGAGAGUGCCUGGUUGGGAGCCCCCGGGCUGACCCGCCUGUGCCAAGGAUUUGUGCCGUGACUUUGGACAAAUCACCCCCGGAGUUGCUGGGCCUCUGUGUCCUCAUCUCUGAUGAGUGGUUGAGCCCAGAGCACUCUGAAGGGCAGGCUUGAUGCCCGAGCCCCUGCGGUGCAGCCUGCUUCUCUGAGAAGUCAACCUGCUGCGCCUCCGCUUGGCAUCGAGGCGCUCGGGGGCCCUCUUCCCCGGGAGGGGGCGGCUGCCUGUACGCUUCACGUCUUUUCACACCCACCCAGCGGGCCCGCUCCACCCUUCUCCCAUACUCACUGUAAGCCCUAAGCACUAAGCCAGCCAAGUGUGAAGGGAGCUGAUCCCCAGAGGGGAGGAAGCCGUUACCCCCUCCUCCAUGAGCGUCACCCCGGCCCCUGAUGGCAACAGAUCCCACCAGCCGAUCGGUCCGUUCCCACAGUGCAGCGGGCAGCCCACCUGCCCCUCCACAGAGAAGGGGGCCAGCGAGAGGCUUUGUCAGCCCUGGGACGAGGUGAACCUGGGUUUGAUGCAUAGGACCCCCUGAGCAUGAUCUUGUGUCUUCAGAUAUCCGUUCACUUUGAGAAAGCGGGAAGGGCCUCUGGGCUGCCCUGCAAGGUCCAGUGAGGGUGGCCCCAGAGAGGCUGCUGACCUGGGUGCUCGGAGGGAACUUCAGGCCUGGCUCAGCGGGGGCGUGGGGGUCGCCCACCUUCCGGAAAGGAAGGGCUGGGUGGUGGCCGCCAUCGAGCGGGGCUGGGCCUGGGGUGAGGGCUGGUGCCAUUGGAACUGCCCGGCUGUCCUGGAACCCGAGGGCCCACCGACUAACCGCGUUUACACGACUUGAGUGUUGAACCCCGAUUAUAAUGUCUGUACGGCGCCUUUCCUAGUCCAACCCUGAGCCCCGGGGAAGCAGGAAAGCGCGGCUGGCCUCUUGCACUGCUUUGUCUCCAAAAUAAACUACUGAAAUCAAACUACA